AUGGAGGGUACAAGCACAAAAUGCGGCAGAACCUCAGAUUUGCAGCCCAGCCCGUGGGUCUCGGCUGACAUCAUCAGCCACCUCCCGGACCACAUCAUCUGCCACAUCCUGUCUUUUCUUCCCACCAAACACUCGGUGGUGACCAGCACCCUCUCCAAGAGAUGGAGGCCCAUCUGGGCCCACGUCCCCACUCUGGAUCUCCGCAGUGGGGCCCACCAUCCGAAUUUCCCUGCAACAGUGGACCGCAUUCUGUCGCUCCAUGUGGCUCGGGCCUUGGACUCCUUUUCCCUCUACCAAGAGAACUCAGCAGAUUUCACCGAGUCCGACCUCGGGAAUUGGAUCGGGGCUGCCAUCGAGCGCAACGUGAAAAAUGUUCAUCUCGAAUUGGACUCCACAGAUAUGGUCAAAUCGCCCCAAUGCCUCUUCUCUUGCGGGACGCUCGUCAACCUGCGGCUUGAAGUAUGCGUUCUGCCCACUUUCAGCGGGCCCACAUCCCUCCCGAGCCUCAAGAAGCUUCACCUACGUUUGGUCGAGUACAAGGACAAUAACGCCCUCCCUCAGCUACUCGAGGGGUGUCCAGUUCUCGAGGAUUUGACCGUGGAUGGAAUUGCGGAGGCUUUGGGCCAAUUGACUGUACGCUCGUCCACGUUGAGGAGGCUCGAGCUCGGUUCCAUGGCUGACCAAUUGGAUUGUGAUGUGGUUGUGGAUGCUCCCGGGAUGAGGUGCCUCAAGACGAGUGAAUGCUUGUACGGCCAUAUCAAGCUUAUCUCGGUGGCCUCUUUGGUUGAGGCUGACAUCUGCUUCAGCAAUGAGAUGUUUGUGGAGUAUGGGAACCUCUAUGUUAUCAACGUGUUGCGGUUUAUGAAGAGACUUGGUGAUGUGAGGGCACUGAAAUUGUCGGGUUCGAUUGAGUUGUUUCCCGACAUUCAACUUGUUAGUUAUUACGUGAAGUUCAGUAAUAUAGUCAGGCUUGAAGUGGCUGCUGACUGGCGUAUCUUCCCAUCGAUCUUUAGGAGUGCUGAAAAUCUCAAAGUCCUCAUUCUCCAUGGGGGUUAUUGGAAUCUCCAAAGGUGGUCUAUAACCAUGAUGGGACGUUGUACCUGCCUCUUAUAUCCCCUCCAAACUGUAAUCAUUCGUGAGUUUGGGUGUGCCGAGGAUGAGUUUGCAGCCGUUCGGUUUAUUCUGGCAAAUACUCGAGUCCUUAAGAGGAUGGAAAUUUAUACUGCUUCCAUUGGCAUUCGUCCCAAGGCGAAAUCUCGUGCUCUCAGGAGGAUACAGUUAUUACCUCGAGAAUCGGUAGAAUGCGAGAUUGAAUUAUCGUGA